GAAGAACAAGAAGAGCAAUGAUGAAAUCAAAGAACCCUCAAGAAAAGAGAUCAAAUUCCAAUCCCAAUUCCAUUUCAGACAAUAACUUCUCAUGCAAGAAGCACACGAAACAUAGACAGUCUCCUGGAGUAUGUUCCUUAUGUCUCACUGAGAGACUCUCUAAAGUAUCUCUAGAGUACUACAACUACACUAAGAACGCAGCUCAAGCGGCUUCGUCUUACUGCUCAUCAGCAUCAUCUACCACAUCGGUCUCGUCUUAUUAUUCCUCUUCUUCGGUCUCCUCUUGUUCAUCUCCAUUGCAAUAUCGGUAUAGAGAGAAGAAGAAGUCUGGGAAGAAACAUAGCAUUUUGUUCAGAUUAUUGCUCGGAUCCAUUGUAGAUUAGUUUUUUUUUUUCUAAUUUAUUUAAGCUUUUUAUUCAUACUACUGAUAUAAUUCUUUUUAUGCAUUCAUUCUUGGUUACUCAAGAAGUGCAGAGAAUCAUUAAAAUUGCAUGGUACUUUUAUACCUACAAAUUUGUAAUUUUCUAAAUUUUGUUGUAAGCCAAUAAAGGAAGUGAAAAAUCAUGUUAUCUUCUAUCCUCUUUGGUUGUAACUUUUUUUUUUUUUUUUGGUUGUAACUUAUGUGCGAUGUCGGUGGUUAUAGUGCCAUAUGUUUUGUUUUAAGUGGUUAAAAUUGAUUUUCCACAAUUAUGCAUAUAAUC